GACGUCUGUCAUCAUACAAGACUCGCCCACGUGAUCGUGAUCCAUCUUGCCUGCGGCCAACCUGAACUUCGAAUCAGCGCCGACCUGACAGUGUGACAUGCUCAGAGCCCACGUCCUAUGGCCCAGGUUACGUUCCACGACGCGGAUACGACUGCCACAUGCUCCCCAACGCAAAUUCGGAUCUUUCUCCGUGAUCCUACCUGAAGAACCGUUCAUCUACGGCGUGAAGCACCUGCAGCCGCGGCACGUCCCUGCCCACAUCACCCGGCCCGCGUACGCCGGCGCCCCCGAGCAGCAGCGCCCGCCUGAGGACGAGGGUGGGAAACUGCAGCUCGGUGGGGAUGCAGAGAGGCGGCUGAGAGCGGCGGCACGGCUCGCGCGCGACGUGCGCGUGUUCGCGGGCUCGCUUGUGAAGCCUGGCAUCACGACGAACGCCAUCGACGCGCGGGUGCACGAGUACAUCCUCGCGCAUUCGGCGUACCCGUCUCCGCUGCUGUAUUCUGGGUUUCCGAAAUCAUGCUGCACAAGUGUCAACAACAUCAUUGCACACGGCAUCCCUGACGACCGGCCACUAGAAGAUGGAGACCUGGUAUCCAUCGACAUCACCGUCUACCUUAACGGGUAUCACGGAGACACCGCGGAGACGUUCUUGGUCGGAGACGUGGAUGAGCCCGGGAGGGAACUGGCGCGCCUGUCCAGCGCAGCCACAGAUGCGGGCAUCCGCGUCUGCGCGCCCGGACGAAGGUUCAGCGAUAUCGGCGCGGCGAUCUACGAGUCUGUCCGGCACACGGAGCAUUCCGUCUCCCCGCAAUUCACAGGGCAUGGGAUCGGCACGGAGUUCCACCGCAAGCCGUGGAUCAUUCAUGACAGGAACGGCGAGCCCGGGAUUAUGGAGCCAGGGCAUUGCUUCACUAUCGAGGUCGGUGUUGCUUCGUUACGCAAUUCGUCUUCCGUUUUCACACCUCCACAGCCGUGCAUCGUCCAGGGCAAAGAGCCGACAUGCUGGGUCUGGCCGGAUGGAUGGACCGCGUCGACUGAGGAUUGUGCAAGGAGUUGUCAGACGGAGCAUAUGGUUCUCAUUACUACCGAUGGGGCGGAGGUUUUGACUAGAUAGAUUGUG